CCAGUCGAGUUCCGGGAUGUCUUUCUUAGGGAAGCCUGGUGUUCGCUAACAUAUACGACCAGUAAUAUCGAGCUUCUUUUUUGUUUAUACACCUCUUCUUGGCAUGAUGCAGACUAUUGCAAUUCAUCACAUUCACGGCUUCUUGAAUUCUUCGCUCUUCCGCCGACAUUGCGCGCUAUACAAUGCAUUAGAAGUUGUUACGACACACGGAAUAUAUUUCCGCACCUCUUUAAUUUCGGGAAAUAUACAAUGACCCUUUUAUCAGCUGUCAGCCUGAGUCUCUACCGUAUCGAGGACUUACAGACUAAACUGAGCUUUUUUGUUACAUUCGCUGCUAUGAACGCAGUAUGUUGCUGCAAUUACCCCACGCUUGACGUCUUUGUUGACUUCUCCCUCGUCCGAGGAAGGCCCAGCCAAAAACUCCUCCGUGACAUCACGGCGCUCCGCCCAAUCUGGAUCUACUAUGUUACUAUGCUAGCCGACCCCAUCCUACGCUUCUCCUGGGUCUUUUACGGAAUCUUUACCCACAACACCCAGUACGGCAUUCUUGUCUCCUUCAUAGUCUCACUCUGCGAAGUCGUCCGUCGAGGCCUAUGGGCGCUUCUCCGUGUCGAGAACGAGCAUUGUACCAGCAUAAUCCAGGUGCAAAUUCUCGCGAGAUGCUCCGGCCCAUCUCCCAGGAGCGGCUCUUGGCCAAGGCCAAGGACAUUUGCACAAGUCUUGUGA